UAAUUUACACUAUAUAAGUACGGCCACAGUGUUGUCCUCGUGCAGUCAUUUUUCUACAACCAGCCGUCGCAGACAACAGAAAUUUAUUAUUUUUUGUAUUGGAUUAUAUCUACGAUCAAGUUUUUCGGACAAGUACAACAGGAGAAUUCUGUGUCUUAAAUUGAACUGGCCACCCUGUAAAUUGGUUGUGACUAAAAACUGAAGGGGUCAUUGAACUACAUAAAUAAAAUCGUAUAAAGAUUAAAUCAAGCUUCAAGACAAUUAUUAUUGUACAUUGGACCAGUAAAGUUUUACAUUUUAAGCAUCCAUGAUUUCUUAAUGUAAUUUAUGUUAUACAUAUCCCAUUGACAAAAUGGUGGAUGAUUUAGACGAGCACAUAGAAAGCUAUUGCAAGCAAUGGCGCCACGUAAUUUUACUGUUAAUAAUGACUAGUACUCCCGGUAUUUUCAAUGCCAUGCAAAUAUCCUCGUAUGUAUUUAUAGUUGAUCGGCCAUCAUAUUGGUGUGACAUACCCGAAUUGCAAUUGGUGAGAUGGAACGAUAAUAUGAUACUAAAUGUCUCUGCACCUUCUCAGAAAAAACAUUCAGAUAAAAUUGAAGAAUGUACUUAUUACAAUCGGAGCUAUUCAGAAUUUGCCAAAAAAGGUUAUAACUGGUCAAUGCAGCAUUUAGACAAUGCUAGUCUGAUACCGUGCAAGUAUUUUAACUACAAUACCAAAGAGUCAGUGACAACCGAAUGGAAUUUGGUAUGCAAUAAUGAAGUUCUCAAAUCCAGUGUUCAAGCAGCUUUAGCGCUGGGAAAAUUUGUUGGCGGUUUUUUUUUCGGCUUACUUUCCGAUAAAUAUGGAAGGAAAUAUGCAUUUAAUAUAGCUGCUUUUAUUUAUAUUGUAUCAGGCCCAUCGGCCGCAUUGUUCAAUUCAUAUUCAUUAUUCUUAGCGGCUAGAUUUUUCAUAGGCAUUGCUGGGGCUGGAGUUUACCAAACCGCUUAUACAAUUUCGACUGAAUUAACAACUGGAAAAACGCGUACCUGGGUCUGCCUUUUGUUAAAUUUCUCUUAUCCUACGGGUUAUGUGUUGUUAGCAGUUACUGCUUAUUAUAUACGUCCGUGGAGAUCAUUACUUCUCGUUAUUUCUUUACCAUUGUUGUUUAUGAUUAUAAAUUGCUGGUAUCUCUCAGAGUCUCCCAAAUGGCUAAUGUCACAAGGAAAAAAGAAAUUAGCUUGGGCUACUAUGUCAAAGCUAAAUCCAUCAGCGACUUAUGCAGAAGCUGAAAUCAGCGUUUUACCUGAUGUUAAAAAUGAAAAGCUGAAAAUCGGUCGGGGAAUGUUUAAAGAAUGGCUUUCGACAUUCACGUCCAUGUUUUCUACGUGUGACAUGUGUGCUAAGACUACAAUUGCCUAUAUUUGUUCUUUUGUUGUUGGUCUAGCUUAUUAUGUAAUUGCAUUGAAUGGGGAUAAUUUUACGGCCAAUCGUUACAUUUAUGUCGCCUUAAACGGAAUAGUCGAAGGUAUAGCUUAUGUUGCUACUAUUCCUUUGUUACUCUACGUUGGACGUAAAUUAGCGACUUCAGGAUUAUUCUUUGCGUCAGGAAUAUUAUUGAUUGUUCUAUUGGUAAUACCGAAAGAAAAUACAGAUGUCAUAAUAACUUUGGCAUUAUUGGGAAAAUUCUGUGUUAGUGCUGUAUUUUCUAUUAGCUUACUUUAUAUAUCGGAAAUGUACCCAACGUCAAUUCGAAAUACUAGUCUCGGGACAUCACUGACUGUCGCUCAAAUCGGGGCUAUCGCAGCGCCAUAUGUAGUAGAAAUAUUGGGAGCACAAGCAUGGUACAUUCCGAGUACCGUCUGUGGGUUAUUAUCCAUUUUUGUUUCAAUUUUAAUUCUUUUAUUGCCUGAAACUAAAGGCACAAAAUUGCCUGAUACUUUAGACGAUAUGAAAAUUUCUAGUCCAGUUUCAUUUACCAAUUUUUGCAAAUUUUAACACACAUAAUUAACUAUGUGGUUUUAUUUUUAAGAGAAACUUAUUUUUUAUAUACAAGUUUUCUUAUAAACACCGUUGAUUUAUAUAUAUAUAUAUAUACCAAUGAUUAUCUAU